AUGGUUGAAUCCAACUUGGUGGUAGUCGUAGUGAUUGUGAUUGGUGGAAGUGGUGGCGAAGUGACGUUGGUGGAGUAUCGGCGAAGUAUAGUUGUGAACUAUACCGACUGCGGUGGUGGCGACCAUACUAGUGGGUUAGAGGGGUGGUCAAAUUACGUUGGUGGUGGCGGUGGUUUCGUAGUAGUCUGUGGUGGCGAGGUGACGUUGGUGGAAUACCGGCAAUGUGUAGCGGUGAAGUAUACCGACUGCGGUGGUGGCGACCAUACUGCUGGGGUGGAGGGGUGGUCAAAUUACGGUGGUCGUAGCAGUUUCAUAGUGGACAGUGGUGGCGAGGUGACGUUGGUGGAGUACCGGCAAUGUGUAGCGGUGAAGUAUACCGACUGCGGUGGUGGCAACCAUACUGCUGGGGUGGAGGGGUGGUCAAAUUACGGUGGUUGUAGCGGUUUCAAAGUGGAUAGGUUGCAUGGUGGUGAGGUGACGCUGGUAGAGUACCGGCAAAGUGUAGCGGUAAAGUAUACCGACUGCGGUGGUGGCGACCAUACUACUGGGGUGGAGGGGUGGUCAAAUUACGGUGGUCGUAGCGGUUUCGUAGUGGACAAGUGGCAGUGA